UCUGCUCUGGACGCUGAAGAGAAGUGAUAUUUUGCCGCUCGUCAGUCCUUGCUUUGAGUGAGUGUCGUUGUUUCCCCGUGAAGUUUGUGGUUUCUUGGAUAUCGUAGUAUUAUUUGUCCUUCAUCCUAGCUGAAAAUGUCCGACAAAGAAGAAACUCCGGAGCAGCCGGACAUUAACGAAAAUACGAGUGAAGGCAGCGGUGAUGAGGAAUCUAAUUCAUCGGCGGAAAAGGAAGUGGAGUUCGACACGAAGAUUGAGGCAGACCGCGGCAAGCGCUUCGAUUAUCUCCUCAAACAGACAGAAAUCUUCACUCAUUUCAUGACCAACACAGGCUCCAAGAGCCCGUCGAAGGGCAAACCAGUUGGUCGUCCGAAAAAGCAGAAGGAAGUAGUGGAACCAUCAUCUGCGGCAGCUGAUCAUCGCCACCGAAAAACCGAACAAGAAGAGGAUGAGGAACUGCUGGCUGAGGAAACAAACUCGAAGGCUGUAUUCCGCUUCGAGGCAUCGCCCGCCUACAUCAAGGGCGGGGAGAUGCGAGAUUAUCAGAUUCGCGGUUUGAACUGGAUGAUUUCUCUCUAUGAGAACGGCAUCAAUGGAAUCCUUGCUGAUGAGAUGGGUCUCGGCAAAACGUUGCAGACGAUUUCAUUGUUGGGAUAUUUGAAGCAUUUCAAAAACAACCCAGGACCCCACAUUGUGGUUGUGCCUAAAUCAACCCUCCAGAAUUGGAUGAACGAAUUCAAAAAGUGGUGUCCGUCCCUACGUGCCGUCUGCCUCAUUGGUGACCAGGAAGCACGUAACGUAUUCAUUCGAGAUAUACUCAUGCCGGGUGAAUGGGAUGUUUGUGUCACGUCGUACGAAAUGUGUAUUCGCGAAAAAUCCGUAUUCAAGAAAUUCAAUUGGCGUUACAUGGUCAUCGAUGAAGCUCAUCGUAUUAAAAAUGAAAAGUCGAAAUUAUCUGAAAUUCUUCGCGAAUUUAAAACGGCAAAUCGUCUACUUAUCACCGGAACCCCGCUGCAGAACAACUUGCAUGAGUUGUGGGCCCUUUUGAAUUUCUUGUUGCCAGAUGUAUUUAACAGUGCAGAAGAUUUCGACUCGUGGUUCAAUACAAAUAGUUGCUUGGGGGACAAUGCAUUAAUUGAACGUCUUCAUGCUGUAUUGAAACCCUUCCUUCUUCGUCGUCUCAAAGCCGAAGUGGAGAAGCGUUUGAAACCGAAAAAGGAAAUUAAGAUUUUUGUUGGAUUAUCAAAAAUGCAGAGAGAAUGGUACACGAAAAUCCUACUGAAAGAUAUUGAUAUUGUCAACGGAGCGGGUAAAGUUGAAAAAAUGCGACUACAAAAUAUUCUAAUGCAGCUCAGGAAAUGUACAAAUCACCCUUAUUUGUUCGAUGGCGCUGAACCUGGUCCACCUUACACAACUGAUGAACAUUUGGCCUACAAUUCAGGCAAGAUGGCCAUUUUAGAAAAACUACUUCCAAAACUGCAAGAACAAGGCUCCAGGGUUCUGAUUUUCUCUCAAAUGACGCGUAUGUUAGAUAUUCUGGAAGAUUAUUGUUUGUGGAGAGGAUUCAAUUACUGCCGCUUGGAUGGUCAAACGCCUCACGAGGAUAGAAAUAGACAAAUUGAAGAAUACAAUGCCGAGAACAGCCCUAAAUUUAUUUUCAUGUUGUCCACCAGAGCUGGCGGUUUGGGUAUCAAUUUAGCCACAGCCGACGUGGUCAUCAUCUACGACUCUGACUGGAAUCCUCAAAUGGACUUACAGGCUAUGGAUCGAGCUCAUCGAAUUGGUCAAAAGAAACAGGUUCGUGUUUUCCGUCUGAUUACUGAAAACACUGUUGAGGAGAAAAUUGUGGAAAGAGCUGAAAUAAAGCUUCGUCUCGAUAAAUUAGUCAUUCAACAAGGUCGUCUGGUGGACAAUCGUUCUACACAAUUGAACAAGGAUGAAAUGUUGAACAUUAUCCGUUUCGGUGCGAAUCAUGUUUUCUCUUCAAAAGAUUCGGAAUUAACAGACGAGGACAUUGAUACUAUCUUACAACGGGGUGAAUCAAUAACUGAGCAACAAAAACACAAGUAUGACCAAUUGGGGGAAAGUUCCCUGCGCGAUUUUACACUCGAUAAUGCCGGAGAAGGGAAAUCUUUGUAUCAAUUCGAAGGUGAAGAUUACCGUGAAAAACAGAAAUUGAAUGCAAUGGGUAAUUGGAUUGAACCGCCCAAGCGUGAACGUAAAGCUAACUAUGCAGUUGAUGCGUAUUUCCGUGAGGCGUUGCGUGUGGCUGAACCGAAAGCGCCAAAAGCUCCACGCCCUCCAAAACAGCCAAUUGUACAAGAUUUCCAAUUUUUCCCACCUCGUUUGUUCGAGCUUCUUGAUCAAGAAAUUUACUACUAUCGGAAGACGUUAGGUUACAAGGUACCUAAAAAUUCAGAACUUGGCCCUGAAGCCGCCAAGGCUCAACGAGAAGAACAAAAGAAAAUCGAUGACGCAGAACCAUUGACGGAAGAAGAGGUUACCGAGAAGGAGUUGCUUUUAACACAAGGUUUUACAAAUUGGACAAAGCGAGAUUUUAACCAGUUCAUCAAAGCUAAUGAAAAGUAUGGCCGUGAUGACAUCGAAAACAUUGCCAAGGACGUCGAAGGGAAGACGCCGGAGGAGGUAAUAGAGUACAGUACUGUGUUCUGGGAACGCUGUCAUGAACUCCAAGAUAUUGAACGGAUAAUGGCACAAAUCGAAAGAGGGGAAGCUAAGAUUCAACGUCGUUUGUCCAUCAAGAAAGCGUUAGAUCAAAAGAUGGCCCGCUACCGUGCACCAUUCCACCAACUGAGAUUACAGUAUGGCAACAACAAAGGCAAAAAUUAUACAGAAGUCGAAGAUAGAUUCCUUGUUUGUAUGCUUCAUAAGUUAGGUUUUGAUAAGGAAAACGUUUACGAGGAAUUACGCGCGGCAAUAAGGGCAUCAGCUCAGUUCCGCUUUGAUUGGUUUUUGAAAUCUCGAACAGCGUUGGAAUUGCAGCGUCGCUGCAAUACACUGAUUACUCUCAUUGAACGUGAGAACCAGGAACUGGAAGAAAAGGAGCGUCAAGAGAAGAAAAAGAAAGCGGCUAAGGGCGGCAGUGGUGUCUUGACGAAUUCCGGUCAAGCGGGCAAAGCUGGCCAAAAACGUAAAUCCGAAAUCUUAAACAAUGACAAAAAUAAAAAGAAGAAGAAAUAAAUAAUCAGCCUGACCUAAAAAGUAUUUUAUCACAAUAAAUAUUGAAGCAAGAAAGGAAGAGAUGGGAUUUGUCUGGUUCUACAGGUUCGUCGUAAUUCUGUUGAGAAGAUGUGAUUAUAUUUUUUUAUUUAUUACCAAGUGAAUAUGAGACCAUUGGUUGCAAAUAGUUGACAAGAUUCAAGUUAUCAUUUUUAGCUCCCCUCGAACAGUUCAAACGUAGUUGUAUUUUCAUUUGUUAUAUUAGAAAGGAAUAAAAAUGUGUGCUAAUAUGUAAGAA